AUGGUCAAUUCGCGAUGCCAUUCCUUCGAGGAUAUUUCCUCCAUUCGCAACCAACAUGCCUCACUAACGUAUUCAUCUCAAUCUGAAACUUCAGAUGAUGGAAUGAUAACUGGACUAACCGAAUGCUUCGCAACGAUCAACCUUUCGCUUCAUGAACUGCACAAUACCUCUCAAAUAUCAUUGACCCUUCCUCUGGCGAAUACCCGUCGCGAUACCCCCCCAUCCACUACUCAAGGAAAACAGAACUCUCCUGAACGAGGUCGAGCGAAGACCAGACUUUCUCCAAGUGGUGAUUGGCCUCGUGGAAUCUUUCGCAGUCCUUCGUCUCCGGAUCGGUUCAUCCCAAAACGAGACUAUGUGGAUCCUGCCUCCACGCCUUUCCAGAGAUUUCUGCGGAGACGGGUUCCUAGUCAUGACCCUUUCCUUCCAACUGCUCGCCGACCUCCAAAUUUCCCAGGGCAGAAAUCAAUUCCCACCCGCCUCCGCCAGCGGCCUCAUCAGCGACCGGGUCUAGUCAUGGGGUCAAUGUUCCUGGGAGGCGAUCGGACUGAUUUCUUGAGACAAGUUAGCCAUGGCUCUGUCUGGGGUGUUGGCGGUAUCUCGGCCAUUCCAGCCGAUUCCUCAGCGGCGGUGUCAAAUGGUUCAGGGCAUGAUGCGGGGAGAAGUACCACAGCACCGAACUACGUGGCCAGAUUCCUUCCCAGAAGGAAUACUGCUGAUGAUCAUAACAAGCAUGAGUCGCGAAUUGCACUUGCGUUAGAUAUUGACCCGACAGGCAGACUCCUUGAGACAUCUAUUGCUUGUGCGGAAGAUCACAUUCGCCCAACAUCGACAGCCCAUGAGCGAUAUGCACCUUUUGUAUGGAAGGACAAUGCAUGGACAAAGGCCGAGAAAGACAACUGGCCACCCACUCGAGUCCGACGAGAGGUCGUUCCCCCCAAACCUUUCCGCAUCUUGGACGCGCCUUUUCUCCGUGACGACUUUUAUUGCUCGACCCUGGCAUACUCGAUCACCUCGGGAAUUCUUGCUGUUGGCCUCGCACAAUUUGUUUACCUAUGGUCAGAAGGAAUUUCGGUGAACCAUCCCCCAUUCAGUGAUGUUCAUCCGUCAAACUAUGUGACAUCUCUGUCGUUCUCAUCUGAAAUUGGGGGUCGAAGCAUCCUAGCGGUCGGUCGUCAAUCCGGUCAACUGACACUCUGGAGCGUUUUUGACAGUACAGUCCGCUUCGAGCUCAGUCAUCCUAACAGCAUCUCGUGCGUGACAUUCAAACCUAGGACCACACGCCGAAACUCUGAACGAUUUCCUGGCUUGGAAGUCGACACGGAAGAGCUUGUUGUUGGCGACGAGAUGGGAAGUGUGUGGUAUUACUCAGUCGAAUGGCCAGUCAUUCAAAACAAGUGGAGCUGGACUGGUUCCAUGACACUACUCGCCAAGAUUUCUGCUCAUACCCAGCAAGUGUGCGGUCUGGCAUGGUCCCCUGAUGAGCGAUAUCUAGCCACCGGCGGCAAUGAUAACGUCUGCCUGCUCUUCGAUCUGCAGGACCUUAUUCCUGCACCAAUUCUCAACCGCUCGGCAUAUAGUCCUGCCCCAUCAAGCCUAGGCUCUCAGGAUGCAAUGACCUUCCACGCCUUCCCAGGCCUCAACAUCAGUAAUAACCCAGGCAUCAAUCGGGGGAGACUGCGAUUAUUUAACAGGGAACACAUUUUCAAUCAGCUCUUACCUUCGUGGGCACAUCCGCCAACGAUCAAAUUCUCUGCGGCAUCUCCUGUUCUGAGCAAUCUGGGAACUCUCAUCUCAGGACUCGGAAAAACAGUGGUAAUUCCGCCAAACCGUCAGAAAUAUCGGUUACAACACGGCGCGGCAGUGAAAGCAAUCGCCUUCGCGCCCUGGCAACCAACACUGCUCGCGACGGGAGGAGGAUCCAACGACCGGGCAAUCCACUUUUUCCACUCCAGAACUGGAGUCUGCCUUGCAACAAUCAACGUAUUAGCCCAAGUGACGAGUCUCAUCUGGAGCCAAACCCGGCGCGAAAUCGCCGCAACCUUCGGAUACGCCCAACCAGAACAUCCUUUCCGCAUCGCGGUGUUUGCCUGGCCGAGCUGUGCACAGGUUGCAGUUAUUCCUUGGGGGCCGUAUGGAAGCAGCUGGGACGGACACGAACGCGAUAUCCCAAGUUACGACUGCGGGCGAGCUUUGUGGGCUGUUGGAUAUCCUGGUCGCAAAUCCCGCCUUUCGACUCCUGCGAAGGAAGAUGAUAGCAGCAUUAAUGACGAAACCUCUUCUUCACAUGCCCCUUCUCCUGGAUAUUCUACGUCGAACCGCCCGCAGCCCGCCUCGACAAGUGGAAGUCAAGCAGAUCGCUCGGCCAGGAGAGACCGGACGACCGUUCAGCCAAAGGAAAAGGAAGGCGGGAUUUGGUGUACACGUACGAUUGAGGAGGGAUGUAUCAUCGUCGCGUCGAGUGAUCAGACUGUCAAGUUCCAUGAGAUUUGGACCGGGCGUCGGACGAGCAUUGGGUCGGCUAGUGGGUUGUUUGGGGGUAGUGAUAUCCUAGAGACUAUGGAGGGUAUUGAGAAAUCCGGCAGUGAGGUUAUUCGCUAG